AUGCAUCGUGCAUGUGUAGAAGCCGCAGAGGCUCGGAAACGAGAGAAGGCCCAGCAGUUUGAGGAUAUUGAGGAAGCCCACCUUGCCGCUCGCAUCGAAUACAACAGCGAAUUCGACACCCAGCCCAUACGUCCCCAUCCGCCACCGAUGAUACCUCCCUCACCUCCCCUGCACGACAAGAACCCACCAUUGCGAGACUUCCAGCACAUUGCUGACACAUUGGCGAACCAGGAGGUCGAGAAAGAACGCCUUCGUUCGUCAAUAUCACCAGAGGAACGACGACUGUUGCUGGAUCAAGAGUUCGAGCGAAUUCUGGCGAAAGAACUGGAACGCGAGUGGAUAAAUGACUCAGAAGUUGACGACGUCGACCAGGAGGAUUUUGAACAGCAGAUGGAGCCGGACGACAUCGGGACAACAGUGCCGCAGAAAGACUCGGGCUUCUUCCCUUGGCCAAACGAAACGAUACUUCUGCUAGACGUCAUGGAUAAUCUGCCACGGUGUCGAUUUACUGGCGCACAAAUGACUCUCGUGCUCCACAUGAUGAAGCGGCUCGGUGUGCAGAAUAUCCCAUCUCUCAAAACCUUGCGGAAAAUUCAAAAGCAGGUCCACGAGGGUUUCGGGAACACACCUGUCAAGGUCCAAACGCCGCAGGGCAACGUCUUUUACACCAGCAACCUCCGUCAGGCCAUCGCUCGCGACUUUGCCAACCCUCUUAUUGCCCCACAUUUGAACCUGUAUCCCGAAGACGUUGGAAGCGGACCAAUGUCGGAGCGCUGGCAGGCGGAGCGCGCAUUCGAUUAUGACGCCCGACCAGCUCACACCCAUGUUUUCGAAUGGGCAAUGUCGCUGACGUGGAUCCGACGGAACGGAAAUCUCACCUCCGACGUGUAUAUCGUCGCCCGAGACGCAGAGGGUGUUUGGGACUGUGGUGGCGAGGAGCAAGAGGUGAUGGCCACGUCAUUCGAAGCUGAUUUUGAUCGGCUUCGCACGGAGUUCGGAUCCGACUUCCACUUGACAUGGACAGACCGUUCGAGGGAGUUCAUUGCCGCAAUGCCAACCCCAUUUCGCGAAAUAAGUGGCGACCGUGAUCUGUAUGUGCUUGGCAUCAGUGUUUGGAUCGACGAUGUUUCCGGCAACAAAUCGAAACAAUACAACAAAUUCCUCGUCAUGGUAAUGCAAAACACCGCACUUCCUGGUCAGCUACUCAAACAGGAGUUUCACGUCCACUUCUCGGGUGCCUCCCAGCAUGUCACAACCGCAGAGUUGUCCGCGGUUUUGCGAGAUUUCGUGCAGGGAACCGAGAUAAGCCCUAUCAUCUGUUACAAUGCCAACACACGACGGGAAGCUGCAGUGGUCGUACGCGUUCAUGACGACGAUGCUGACAAUCCCCAACAAUCUGAGGAGGCAAGCCACAUUGGCUGCAACGGCUUGUUUCCUUGCCGAAAGUGCAAGUGGGGAGGACCAAAGGCCGACCAGGUGGGAUCCGACACAUAUCAUGCUUGCCAUGAGCCAGGAAUUUCCCGAACAGCGGCGGACAUUCGGUCCGAACUUGAGCAGCAGUUAGCGCUUGCAAUGACUGGCAGCGCAGCUGCGAUAGAAAAACGUCAACGAGAAACCGGCACCAAGGACAAGCUCACCCAGUACUGGAUCGAGCGUGUCCUUGUCCAGGUCGCCAAGCUGAAGCAAGAGAAUCCCCGUAUAUCGGCCACAGAUGCGAAGAGAGAGGCACAAAUGUGGUUGGAUCAGCAACCUGGCGACAAGAUGAACCCUCUUUUGGAUAUUACUGGUCUUGAUCCGGCUCGGGACACUCCUGUCGAAAUUCUGCACACGAUUCUUCUGGGCGUCAUCAAGUAUAUCUGGCAUCAUCUCAACACUCAACAAUGGUCAGAUGUUGACAGGCAACUACUUGCCAUCCGUUUACAAUCAACUGAUAUUAGCGGCAUGAAUGUUCCCCCAGUCCGUGGUGCAUACAUGAUGCAGUAUCGGAAUAACUUGAUCGGGAAGCACUUCAAGGUUAUAAUGCAAGCGCUCACCUUCCACACGCACGAAAUCUGUACGCCCGUUCAAUUUCAGCUUGUUAAAGCUGCGGCGGAUCUUGGUGCCCGCGUGUGGAUCUCGGUAAUUGAUGACAUUGAGGCAUAUAUUGUUGAUUUGAAGAUCGCAAUCGCAAAUGUCUUAGAUGCGUGGGACGCCGUUGAGCCGCUGAGAAUCCUUGUCAAAAUCAAGUUGCAUCUCUUGCCUCAUCUUCCUGAGGACAUUCGACGAUUCGGGCCGGCUGUGAGGUUUUCUACAGAGACCCAGGAAUCAUACAACGCUGUUUUUCGGAUGUGCUCCAUCAAUGGGAACCAUCAAGCGCCGAGUCGUGACAUUGCUGUCAAGUUUUCGACCAUGAAUAACAUCAAGCAUGCGCUAUGUGGCGGUUUCUGGGAAUCUACCUCCAGUCGUGAGCGCUCAGGCAUGCAAGGGGCUCCUGAAUGGCACCGAGAAUGGCUGCAACCCGGUGAAGCGGUCCGACGGAUUUUGGCAGAUGAUCUUAACCUGCAGCGGCAUCUUGGAUGGGUGACACAUGCCAAGGCUGUUCCUGGUCUCACCCGUCUUCUUGCCGCGGACAAAUUCCCUCCGAUUCCGUGGGACUCCACUAGGGCGAAUGGCGCCAAGGAAACUCUGUCACCACCAAAACUGGAGACCAAGCACAAAUUGGCACUUGGGUUUUUCGUCCGAAAUCCAAAUAAUAAGUUGGUUCUGGGGAGGGUUGCCGAAAUCCUUUCGCGGGAUACUCGCCGCUCCUGGGUGACUCUCGAACAGUUUGUCUGUACUACCCAGCGUCAUCCCGAGUUCGAUUGGCCGGUUGUCCGACGUCCGACAGGAACUGAAAUCACAGAAGACCUACUCACCUCCUACCUUGUGGUUCCUGGGUCUCAACUGGAGUUCAGCUGCUCGGUUCAACAUGAUUGUCGCCUUGGAGGCUGUCAGCCGGCGGUGAUGGGCAAGGAGCGCCAAGAGCGCCAAGAAACAGUCCGAGAUAUCUCCCUCAUCAAGCAUAUUGAUGACGACAAAUUUGUGCUGAACAUGGGUUCCACUCACAAUUUUGUUGAGCUUCUCCGGGUCCUACCUCCCGCACUUUGCAACCUUCGACCGCUUCAGCUCAAUCGUCGUCAAUUCCAUCAUGAAAUGGCUCAAAAAGCAAAGUCAGCACGCUCAACUGCACGCGAAAAGGCAACAGCAAAGCAACGAGAGACAGCAGCUAAGAAAAAGAAACAAAAGGCUGCAAAACCUGUGGAGGAGGAGGAGGAGCAGGACUUGCCAGAGUCAGAAUCAGAGUCAGACACGACUGAUGACAGUGAUGACAAUGAUUAUAUUCCCAAGGAUAAAGGUGGAAAGCGGGGUAGGGCAAUACAGGAGAGCAGGCAGAGAAAUCCGAAGAGACACAAAGCUAAUCCAUAG